UUUAGUUAGCGUUAUAAAUGAAAAUAUUGCCAGCCGAUUUCUCUCCGCUCCCACCCAAAACCCUAAACGGAGAAGUCUUCACCGCUCUCCGCCCUCCCUCGAAUCACUCGAAGAAAAAGCAGGCCGAGGCGCGUGAAUUGUGACCGGAGAUCGACGACGAAUACAUUGCCGGAGUUUCGGCGACCUUGUGAGGGCUCGCCUAUUCUCUCGUUUAAAUCCGUUAAAUCCGCCGAACUACGGGACGCAGUAAGUCAACCAAAACACAAAGAUGGGUUGAUAAUUUUGAACAGCAACUGCAACAUCAAUAGGCAUCAUUCAGUCUUGAUUAGUUCAAUUGUUUCUCCGUAUAAAAGUUGAUAUGAAUCUCGAAAGCUUGCACAAGGUAUGGGAGAUUAAGGUCCUGAAGAAGCCAGGGGAGGACGAUGCUCGCAAAAUCCUCGAUCGCAUCAGUAAGCAGGUUCAACCUAUAAUGCGGCGGCGUAAAUGGCGAGUCAAACUUCUCUCAGAGUUCAGUCCGACAAAUCCGUCGCUUUUGGGUUUGAAUGUGGGAGCGGGUUCGGAGGUGAAGCUGCGUCUUCGGCGGCCGAAUCGGGAUUGGGAUUUCUUUCCCUUCGAGCAGGUGCUUGACACAAUGUUGCAUGAGCUUUGUCAUAUUGAGCACGGCCCUCACAAUGCGCUGUUCUAUAAGCUAUGGGAUGAACUCCGAAAGGAAUGUGAUGAUUUGAUAGCGAAGGGAAUAACUGGUACUGGAGAAGGAUUUGAUGGUACUGGAAGACGCUUGGGUGGUUUUACUAGGCAGCCUCCUCCAUCAUCUCUUCGACAAACUGCUUUGGCUGCAGCACAGAAACGGGCACGAGUCGGUGCUCUAUUGCCAUCUGGUCCAAGGCGGCUCGGGGGCGAUGAUGUUAUUAUGUGUGCUCUUAGUCCCAUACAAGCUGCUGCAAUGGCAGCUGAAAGAAGAAUGCAGGAUGAUUUGUGGUGCGGUUCGGUCUCGCGUGAAAUCGAAAUGAUCGAUGGUUUAGAAGAACUCGGAGAAUCUUCAAACAGUUCGAGCAGCUGCCAUAGGAGCACACCGCUAUCUCUGUCUACAUCUUCUAUUUCGGCAAUCGAAAAUAAAGAUGACAAGCUGUUAUGGGAAUGCAAAGUGUGCACUCUAUUGAAUCAGCCACUGGCACCAAUAUGUGAGGCCUGCGAAGCCCAAAAACCUAGACCUUUGGAAUCCAAACACAAAACCUGGUCAUGCAAGCUCUGUACUUUGGAGAACAGCAUAAAAUUGGACAAAUGCUCGAUAUGCGAGCAAUGGAGAUACUCAUACGGGCCACCGGCAUCCACCCGCGGUCCCAAUUAUGGUACUUGAGGUAAUUGUUUUGGCGCUUUUAUGUAAUUUUGGAACAAAUGUUAAUAUAUUUUGUUUAGGGAAAUUUACAUGCAGGCCACACAAUUCCUUUGUUUUUACAUAUCUAAGAACUGAAGUUUGAUAUUUACAUUUCUAACACCUUGGUGUUAUAAAACUAUGCACGAAAAAUAUGUACCUUACUUUUAAAAGGUUAGUAGUAGUGCUAUGUUUGAUUUGAUUUUAAUGAUUAGAGUGUUAUGUAUGUAAAUAUGAAAGGUCAUGUUAGAUAUGUAAAUACAUAAGAAUCAAGUGGUAUGUAUGUAAAUGCCCCUUGUGUUUAGCAAGUCUUUGUAAUUUUCAAAUGGUGAAAUGAGUUUUGAAUUAGAAUACCUCGCUCCCUUUAUUUCUGUUUAUGGCGGUCGUUGGCCUCUUCUUUUGUAUAUUAUGAACACUUUGAUCUAUUUUCU